AUGUCCUCUACCGACGAAAAGAGGGUCGAUGAUGAGGCCAAUGCCCUCGAGGCCGCCACAGCGCCAGAGGAGCAGACAAAGCCCGUCUCGAAGCUCACGCGGUGGUACCGCAGCCCGCUGUUCAAUGUCAUCAUUGUCGGCUUGAUCUCCUUCACCCAGCCGGGCAUCUGGAAUGCACUCAACAACACGGGCGCGGGCGGCCAGCAAGAACCGUACCUGGUGAACGGGUCAAACGCGCUGACGUUCGGGAUAGGCGUCAAGAAGGUCUUGAUCAUUGGCACCCUGGGCUACGCCCCAUACUCGGCAUCCUUGUACGUCAACAACCGGUAUGGCACCGAGUGGUUCGUCCUCUUCGGCGGCGUGACAUGCGGGAUUGCCGCCUCGGCUUUGUGGGCGUCCGAGGGUGCCAUUGCCCUCGGGUAUGGCAAGGUCAAGGAUCGUGGCAAGUUUGCCGGCAUCUGGCUCGGUCUCCGGGAGCUCGGCCAGCUCAUCGGCGCGUCCAUCCAGCUGUCCAUGAAUGUCCGCUCCAGCAGCCGCGGAAAGGUAGGGUACACGACAUACCUCGUCUUGAUUGCGCUGCAGUGUCUGGGACUGCCGCUCGCCCUGCUGGCAUCCCCGCCCGAGAAGGUGAUACACAGCGAUGGGACGCGCGGCCGGGUCGUGGCCAAGAACACGACCAUCAAGGAGGAGGUGCGCAAGACGUGGAACUUGUUGAAGCGGAAACAGAUGUUCCUGCUUGUGCCCAUCCUCAUCGGGUUCCAAUGGAACAGCACAUACCUCGGCAUCUAUAUGACCAAGUACUUUUCUGUCCGAGCUCGCACCCUCGGUUCCCUGGUGUCCGGCGUUUCUGCGACGUUUGCCAACAUCUUCUGGGGCUGGUUCUACGACCUCAAGCGCUUUAGCCGCCCGACCCUGGCUAAAAUCUGCUGGUUUUUCUUCGUCCUCGGCAUGUUGGGUACCUUUGGCUGGCAGGUGUCCAACGAGAAGCUCUACGGUGACUCCAAUCCCAGGGUCACGUUGGACUGGGAGAAUCCGGGCUUCGGCCGGGGAUUUGCAUCCAUGGUCAUCCUACGGUUCUUGAAUGAGUCGCAUUAUAUGUUUGUUUACUGGAUCGUUGGCGCCUUCUUCGACGACAUCGAGACCUUGACGCUGGCGGUCGGUCUUGUCCGAACCUUCGAGUCUGUCGGGUCCAGCAUCGCAUUUGGCAUCGGCGCAUCUUCUGUGUCGCCCAUGGUCAACCUCAUCAUCGCUUUUGCCAUGUUCGGGUUCACAAUCCCUGCCACAUCGCUCGUGGUGUUUUUGGUGCCUGAGCGCCCUGUAGACUUGCGGAAAGAGGAAAGUGAGGCGUCUUCGGUUGGAGAAUCGGAGAAUGUUGCGCCGAACGAAAUCGCCGCCAAGGCUGUUGAGUCCUCCGGCUCUUCAAACACUUGA